AUGGAGAGCCGCGGUCUGUUUUUAAGUCUGUUGCUUGUAGGCGUUUGUGCCUCUAUUGCAGCGGGAAGUGUCAUCGAUAUCAGGCAAGCAGACCACGCGGAGACGUACAACUCCAUCCCGAAACGUUGUGCGGAAAAGACCAUGACAAAGGUGCAGUGUAUCGGCUUGAGCGACGACAGGAUGAUGGCGCACCCCGACGAUUGUCAGCUGUUCUACUACUGCGUGGGCGACCGCUCCAUCUGCCGCGAGUGUCCCGCUGGCCUCCACUUCAACCCAGUCAAACACGUCUGCGACUUCCCCUCGGUGGCCGGCUGCCGACUGCCCUCCGGC